UUUCUUUCCUUAAACCCCUAUCCUAAUUCUACUCUCUCUCUUCUUUUAGGGCUUUUUUUAAUUGGUUGUCGAUUUUUGUCGGUAACUACUGUUCCUUAUCCGUCCUGUCUGUAACUCAGCUUCUCUCUUUGAUGAACUAACCACAUUGUAAUCUUUCAAUUCUGUGAUGUCCUUCGAUUCAAUUAUGAUUCUGCUUUGAUUUUUUCUUUGAUGAACUAACCCCAUUAUAAUCUUUCAAUUCCGUGAUCUUCUUCCAUUCAACUGUGCUUCUUGAUUUUUUCUGUGAUGAACUAACCACAUUGUAAUCUUUCAAUUAGGUGAUGUUCCUCGAUUCAAUUAUGCUUCUGCUUUGAUUUUUUCAUUUUUGCUUUCUGUAUCUGCUUCUGGUUUUGUUAUCGUUCUCAUUCUGCUGAUAGGGCUUUCGGUUUUGUUACCGAAACGUUGUCGUGUAAUGUGUUAGCACUCGGAAAUUCCAAAGCCUAACGCACACGUACUUGUCUUGUAAAAAAAAUUGAAAUGUUUUUCAUGGGAGAGUAGCAGAAAUUUUGGCGGGUAUAUGAUGAUUGUUUUUUUCUGUAGGGAUUGUAGCGUUUUGGUACAAUUGUGGGGAUAAUGCUGGACGAUAUGUUUUUCUUUUCGCGGAAAUUUGGUUCUACUGAUGAUAUGAUGGAGUGGAAAUCUGUGGUUGUAUUUUAUUUAAUUUAGAUUUCGAUUUAGUAUGAAUAAACGUGCAUAACUGAGAAAGAUGCUUGCGAAGGGAUACAUGUCAGGGCAGCUCUUUGGCCAGACACCAAACUAUCCUUUCUCAAAAUUUGCAAAUCUGUCUCAAUUCAGAGAAAAUGCUUUAAAUCGGUACCCAACAAAUGACCUGACUAGCCUGAGUGACUGGCGCAAAAAUCCCAGAAUCAGUUGCUUUCGUGAUUUAGUUAGAGAGAAAAUUGCUGAAAGUUUUGAAUUGGAAGAAAAUCAUCAAGUGCAAGAGCGAGAAUCUAAUCUAGUAAAUGUCUUAGAAAACAAAUUAUUUGCAGAAGCUGCUUCAGAGGAGGAAUAUAUGAAUCUGGAUGUAUUGAGAGAGCGGUUGCAAAAUUUAUUUCAAAAGAACAUUGUUGACCUAAACUGCAGUCAACAAGUCUCCAGCUACAGUGAUCCCACCCAUGAAGUGUUGCCAACCCUGGGUUUUACUCAGAGUUGCAAUUCAGAUGCAGUAUACCCUCCUUAUGAUCACUUCAACAAUGAUUUUACUGGAUAUGACCCAAUGGUGGCUGGAAGAAAUGAUCAAUUUUGCUUCCUAAAAGUUCUUUCCCAUCUAGGAUUACUUGAUAAUGGAAACAAGCUAGGAGUUGCAAGUAUCAAUUGUGAUUCACACAUGUGGCAGAUUUCUAAUGAGUUGGUUCUUUCUCAUGAAAGAAGUUCUGUGAAAACAGCAUCUUCUGAAAGAGGUUCUACCAUUACUACAAGUUCCAGUGGUGAUAAGUACUCAGAAAUCGGAGCUUUUAAAGUUGGACCAUUCUUUUCCAAGGGAGACUGUCAAUAUAGUCAAGAGGUGUCAUCCAAAGACAGUUUCCAACAGCAUAAUCUUCCACAUGGUGUUUCAAAUGACCUGGGCUUUCCUGCAAUGGCAUUUUCACCUACACUGAGAGAAAGCUCAGAAUUCCCCGGAUCAGGAUUUCAGAUGUUAGAACAUGUUCCUCAAUUAAAUUCUGAAGAGACUAUCUUUCCUAGCAUGGAUUUCAGCAUAUCUAGCAUUGCUUUUUGCAUGGGGAAUUCAACUCUUGAUAACAUAGUGCAACCUAAAUCACAUAUUCAAGAGCAGAAGCAUUAUGCAUCAUAUGAACAAUUUAAUAAACCACUGGAGAUGUCUGGGAAAAUAGUUCCUAUUGAUUCUCAUUUCCCAUCAGAACAACUUGAUGGAGUUCAGAAUGCCUCAGAAAGUUCUUCUCUUCUUUCUAGUUCAAACGGAAUUGCUGGUCCAGAAUAUCCCAGUGACCAUUUGAAGUUUUCUGCUGAACAGAAGACUUUACGUGCUUAUAGUAGCUGGAAGAGUCCAGCAAGUCCAGCAGAUGAAUAUAAUAACAGUAAAUGUCACCAAAGUUCCCAAAAUAUGUACCAUGACCUUUUGAUGGGUUCAAGCAAUACUGGAACUGGUGGAUCUGGAUCUUGCUUAUCAGAAAACAUGCUGCCACCUACAAAACGAUUGAAGCCCAGCUCUGUCUGUUCAGAAAAGUUGCUGCCCCCUUCAAAGGCUCAGAAGAUUGAAACAUCCAGUUGUUUAUUGUCAUCUGAAAGCGGAAUUGUUUCUAUUUCCUCUAUACUGGCUCCAUUGAUGGUUCAACCCCCUUUUCCUAAAGGACUUCCAGCUUUGCUGCAAUUGCCAGAAUCUCCUGUAUCUAUUAAUUCUGAGGUUCUGGCUGGAAACAUUGGAUUUUCAAAGCCCAUGCAAAAUCAUUCUAGUGUAGAUCAGAUUGAAUAUUCAGAGCCCGUGCAAAAUCCUUCUAGUUUAGAUCAGAUUAGGAACAGUGCUGGGGAUAAUUUUUUGAGAAUGAAUGUUGAGAGCUUGCAUACUCCUUCUGAAGAACCAAUUAUUCGUCCUAGGUCACAAGAGAUGGAUUCUAGUAGUUUUGGUGAGAUUGCAGAUGCUGUAAAGGAUAAAUCUGACAAGCUAUGUUUUAAUUCUUCACCUGCUCUUUCUGAUGAACUUGGUGCCACUGAGGAGGUAAUACAGGUCAUGUCUAAUUUUGACCAUGCCAAGCCAGAUUUAGAAACAAGAAAGGAGGAAGAAAUGAAGCAAGAUAAACCAAAAAUACAAGGUGUGUCUUUGAUUGAUUUUUUCUCAACAGAUGAAAUAAAGGACCAUAUUUCAAGUCUUCAGCAGUGGAUUGGUAAGAAAAUGUCAAAGGGAGAAAAGGAAAAGCAAGUAAUGCAUUGUGCCAAUGAUAAUACAUGCCAGUUGUGUACAGCGGAUAAGCUGUUACUAGCCCCAGUUCCAAUAUAUUGCUCGUGUUGUGGUUCUCGAAUCAAGUGCAGUGUGAAUUAUUAUAGUACUGCAGAAGAAAAUGGUAUGCAGCAUUGUUUUUGUACCUCAUGUUAUAGGGAUUCUCGAGGUGGGAGUAUCACGUUCUUUGGAAUUACUAUUCUGAAGGCAAAGCUGGUUAAGAAGAAGAAUGAUGAAGAAAUUGAAGAAUCAUGGGUCCAAUGUGACAAAUGUAAAUAUUGGCAACACCAGAUAUGUGCUCUCUUUAAUGACAUAAGAGAUAUGGAAGGGAAAUCUGAGUACAUGUGUCCCAAAUGCUGCUUAGACGAGAGAGAACGGGGGGAACCUUUGCCUUUACCAAGAGCUGCUGUUUUCAGUGCAAAAGAUUUGCCUACUACGUUGCUGAGUGACUACAUAGAGCAAAGACUUUUAAGGCGUCUUCAGCAGGAGAAAGAAGAGAGAGCAAAGGCUCUUGGAAAGCACCUUGAUGAGGUUCCUGGAGCAGAUCAUCUUGUUGUAAGAGUGGUGUUGUCUGUUGACAAAAAGUUGAAAGUGAAGCAGCAGUUUUUAGAAACUUUUGACAAUGGAAAUUACCCUAAUGAAUUUCCGUACAGAUCAAAGGUGAUUCUUUUGUUUCAGAAGAUUGAAGGAGUAGAUGUAUGCCUUUUUGGCAUGUAUGUACAAGAGUAUGGUUCAGAGUGCAGUCGGCCAAAUCACCGUUGUGUUUAUAUCUCGUAUCUUGAUUCUGUCAAAUACUUUAGGCCUGACACAGAGACUGCAGCUGGAGAAGCUCUUCGUACAGUUGUUUACCAUGAAAUAUUGAUAGGAUAUCUUGAAUUCUGCAAGAAACGAGGUUUUGUUGCAUGCUAUUUAUGGGCCUGCCCUCCCUUGAAGGGAGAAGAUUAUAUCUUAUAUUGCCAUCCAGACAUUCAGAAGACGCCGAAGUCUGACAAGUUGCGACAAUGGUAUCAUUCAAUGCUAAGAAAAGCAGCCAAAGAAAAUAUCGUGGUUGAUUUCACUAAUUUAUAUGAUCAAUUCUUUGUUCCUACUGGGCAUCUUUACUGUAAAAUAACAGCAGCUCGUUUGCCAUAUUUUGAUGGUGAUUAUUGGUCUGGUGCUGCUGAGAAUAUCAUCAAGAAUAUUGAGCAACAAAAUGGAGAAUAUUCAGGGAGAAGGGUGAAGAAAGUAAUGACAAAGCGCACUUUAAAAGCCUUGGGCCAUACAAAUCCUUCUGGUGGUGUUACUAAAGAUAUCAUACUGAUGCAAAAGCUUGGGCAAACUAUUUUUCCUUUUAAGGAGGACUUCAUUGUCGUCCAUUUGCAAUUUGUUUGCUCAUACUGCCAUGAAGUGAUAUUUUAUGGAUGGCGAUGGUGUUGCAAUCACUGCAAAAACUUUCAGCUAUGUGAAAGAUGCCAUGAUGCGGAGCAAGGGCUCAAUGGUGGGGAAACACAUGCUAUAAGCAGCAAAGAAAAACAUUUACUUACUAAGGUUAUGGUUGAUAAUAUUCCAUCUGAUAUCAAGGAUGAAGAUGUUAUUUUGGAUAACUGGUUAUUUGAAAAUAGGCAUACCUUAUUGGGUUUCUGUCACAAGAACCAUUAUCAAUUUGACACACUUCGUCGAGCCAAACAUUCCUCAAUGAUGAUCCUACAUCAUCUUCAUAAUCCAACAAUUCCCACUACUGGGACAACCUGCCAGAUUUGCCAGCUGGAUACUGAUACGAUGGAUAGGAAUGUUUGUUCCACUUGCUCUAAUAAGAAAUUUGGUUCAUUGCAUAUUCGCAAGUCAACUUAUCACUAUUAUGCAGCUAAUUGUGAAAAUGAGAGUAUAUCAGCACAGCAGAAAAUGCUUAAGCUGAAGGAACUGCUAGAUGUUCUACUGCAUGCCUCUCGAUGUGAAGCAACUAGUUCUGAUCCCUGCUCUUACCCAAACUGCCUUCAAAUGAAAAGGUUAUUCUGUCAUGCAUCUAAAUGUCCCAUUCGGUUCUCCAGAGGUUGUGUGCAUUGUAAAAAAGUGUGGUACAUAUUGAAGCUGCACGCAAGAAAUUGUGAGCAAACAGAUUGCUGCGUACCUCGCUGCAGGGAUUUGAAGAUCCGAAGGGAAGUGCUUGCACUGCAAUCUGAGACCUAUGGAAAGCGGCAGUUGCAAGAACAUUCAGCAAACACCAGAAUAUAGGUUGGAAGAAUCGCCAAUAAAACUAACCAAGUGUACAGUUAGUCAAGAAAGAGAACCAAUUGUACAGUUCGCUGAGUUCUAAAGUAACGGAAGGCAAAGCCAAAUUUUGAAUUUUGAUGUCAACUUCACAAAAUAAGGGCACUGAUUUUUAUUUUUUUUUCUUUUUGGCCUUUUCAUUUUCUAGCAUGGUCAUCUUAUGAAUGAUCUGGUAUAGUUUGAAUUAGUGUUGGGCUGGUACUAGUUUUGCUACUGUCUCUGUCAAAUAAUCAUUGAUAACCUUGUUUGAUGUGUAUAGCUAGACUAUAUAUCUCAGACAUUGAUUAAUGUGGAAUAGUAAGGUAGUCUUUGUUGUAAUUUC